AUGCCCGUCGACGACACGCUCGAUCCUUUGAUCAAAAAAGCUGAGCCAGAAAUGAGAGAUGACCGGUACUGGCGCCCGUGGACUCUCGGUAGGACUGCGAUGAUAUCCUUUAUUGCGCUUUGUGUUGGGCUACUCAUUGCCAACGAGCUCGCCAUCUCUGGCUGCCGAAGACAUGGUAGCUGCCAUGUAUUUGGGCACAGUCCUGACGGCAAUAUGCCCAAGCGCUCCACAUUGGUGUAUAAAACGCUACCGACAAUACUUGGUAUCGCAUUGAGUCUUCGAUGGAUUUUGCCUCACCAUGACAUCAUGCGGCUCGAACCGUACUUCCAAAUGAGCACAAAGUACGGUGCGAAAGCCUCGAGCUCAAUCUUCUUGCAAUAUCCGUAUGAUUUUGUCUUUUGGUUGCCUUUCAAGGCUACACUAAAUGAACACUAUCUUGUAGCCUUCUCGUCGGGGAUCCUCCUCCUGAUGAACUUUGUGAUUGUUCCCCUUGUCCCGACAAUGUUCGACGAUGUCCCGAUCAACACUACUAUGCUCGAAAUCGUUAACCGGGUUGAUUUUGACCCAACGGCCCGGCAGGUACCUGCAAACUUCACCUUCUUGGCCUACGAACACGCAUGGAAACAUGGCCUUCUUAACCCGUUCAUGACCGAAGAAUACGCGCUACUUCCCGUGAAGCCACUUGACAACUUUCCGGGAUUCUUCCCCCGGGAGAACUGGACGGCCGAGACGACGCUAUUCCAGGCCGGCCUUGAUUGCGUCGAUGCCCGUGUGGAGUUCAACUAUGGCUACUGGCAGGGCAACAACACGCUGGUAGUGGAAAUGUUUCGGCCGAACGAAACCAGCUCUCCAUCUGUGCGGGUGUGCGAUGCCCUUCCACUGGAGAAAGGUAUGAACGCAAGCUAUUACAACGAAAAAAACUGCUCGGGGAUCACGGCUUUCAUGACGCCCUGGACGAGCAUGUUCUGGCAGUUGGGAAAUCCGGAAGUGGAAGAAGUGACAUACAUGUUUGGAUGGGCGUCUGGUCCAUCCAGUCCUCCAACUGUCACGGAAAACUUCAAAUCCCCCACUCCAGUCAAAAUCACAGCCAUGUUCUGCACGCCGAGAUACUAUACCCAGUCAGUCAAUGCCACCGUCUCAAUGGCGUCUGGAGAGGUAGUCAAUAUAGAGCCUAUCGGUACGCGGAAGGAGAUCAAGGCACUUAAGGGCUUCGACAACAUCAUCGACGGAAACGUCAAGCUAAACAUCAAAGGCGAGGCCAUCUUCGUAGAGCCAACCGAGAAUCGGACAAAGUCGUACUCCACAUAUCCUCGCCGAUUUGGGUACCCACCCGACAAGAUCAUAGAUCUCAAGUAUGACCUUGUGGAAGCCUUCGGAGAGGCCCAGAGACCGGUAACACUGGUGACUUUUGGGCGCGUCAGCAACAGCAAUAUCUUCAUGACGAGGACAGACUCGUUGGCGGCAUUCGCGUUAUAUAACAGGACCGAGGGGGAGCUGGGAGACUUGCUGGAUCGGGAAGAAUUAAAGAGCACGAUGGAAAAAGCACUGAAACUGUGGUUUGCGUGUGCCGUGGUCACCGAGUCGGCAAUCAGCAACAAUGUCAGCCGGAUCACAGUAGAUCGAACCGUUCCGGAUGUCGAGAUUACAGUCAACAAAUGGUGGUCGCUGGGGGCGAGGAUAGGACUUCCGCUGGUCGCGAUAUUGUCGGGAGUUCUCAGCUUUCUCAUUGAAAAGCGCGUCUGCCAUCUCAACGCAGAGCCAAACACCAUUGCCGCAUCCCUGAGGCUGCUCUCCGCUAGCCCGGCGCUCUGCGCGGCGAUGGAGAACGCCGAGUACUAUAAGCUAAAGCAGCUGAUGGAGAAACUAGAUGAAAUGGGAUUCUAUUUUAGGAUGGACUCGAAUGGGGACUCUGCUCGGAUAAGGGUGUUCGAUGGAGACGGAGAGAGUGCGCAGGAGGUCCCGGAAUCUUCUUCAGCCUUGAAGGUUUUACAAGCUCCUAGCCCCCAUGUUGAGGUGCAAAGCGACUGUGAAUUUGCAUCGCCAGAUUUAAUCGCAACAUCCAAUCUUGUCAUAUUCCCCAUCCUUAUCGCGGCGUUGAUUGCUACCUAUGAAUUGUCUAAGAGAUAUGACGGAUUCCCGAUGCCCAGUGAGCCAAACUCGUUUUGGUCAAAGGUUUGCUACAACUAUCUUCCCACGGCGACUGGGAUGCUGGCUGAGACACUCCUCAUCGUUCUCGGAGCCACUCAAGGCAUGAUCAAUCCGUACAGAGAGCUCAUCGCACAGAGGGCAAAGUACACCGAAACUCUCAAAGCCGAUCACCACAGUAUCCCGCCGCACUUUCAGAUGGUCAAAACGUUCAAGCGUGGCCAGUUCACGCUUACAGCUCUAUCGGUGGCCAUCCUGCUGUCGAACGCCCUUCCUGUCUUCCUAGGUGUCUUCUUCUACCAUUCCAUCUACGUGCCCAAGAUCGAGAAGUCCCACGAGAUAUCGAACGAUCUUUCCCGGAUCCGGCCGGAAAUGUUUUUCCAGCUGGACAGGAACAUCACUAACGAGUACGACUACUCGCCCUCGUGGACUACGAGCGAGUACUACAUUGACUCCCCCUUUAAGAUCGCUCCAAUUUCGGGGGAGGCUACAUACCAAACACGUGGUUUCGGAGUGGACGUCAUCUGCACCCUGGUCCCCGAAGACUUGGUCCACUUCCCCUGCAGCACGGCCGCACGCUACAUCGCGAACCGCACAGUGCUCUGUCCCGCCGUGGAAACGGCCGCGGGGGAAGGACCACGGGACAACCUCCUUGUUCUCACUAAGAUGUGCAAUGGUGACCCUCCGCCUGGCACGAUCGCUACCUGGAACGGGAGUUGUGUAGACAACGUUGCCUCCAAUACUCAUUGCCCUGGUCGUAUCUUUCCCAUGUGGGUGCAAAACGAGAGGUAUACUGUUAAUCCUGUGAAUGGCUCCCUCCGGACAGAAGACAACUACCAGUUUGUGGUGCUGAACUGCACCCUCACCAACAAUAUCGUGGAUCUGAGUGCUACCGUUCGUGACGGCAAGGUUCGCUCCCUGAAAAAUGUGCAUGCCGUUUAUCCAUCGUCCCAGGCGAACAUCACCGACAACCUCGCCAGCAGGUUUGCCCAGCUUAUAGCGGACACAGCCUCUAAGGAUAGUCUUAUCGGCCCACACCCGCUCGACCGUUUCAGCGCAUUAAUGGCUGAGAUCAACCAGUCCGUUGUGGCGCACCACGAUAGCCAUGUUCCAUCUGCUACUGUCGCGGUGGAGACCUUUGCAGACCUCUUGAAGCGGCUGUUUCCGCUACUCCUGCGGCUGGAGGCGGAAAGGAUGUUUGGGGUCAAAUAUACGGUAGAAUCUCAGGACUACAGGGCGCAUGUUGUGAGGGGAUAUUUUGGCAUGACGCUGGGGGCGCUGGUGUUGUGCGUUCUUGUGAUUGUGAAGGUGUAUACAGAGCAUACUGAGAAGAUGAUGGGCCAUCUGCCCUGGAGCGUGGCGGGGAUGUAUUCGCAGCUAUAUGCAAGUAACGCAAAGUACGAUAUCAACAGGGCUAGGAAGGAGUUGGAAGAAGAGGAACUCUUGGGGGUGUAUGCGUAUGGGGAGUAUCCGAGUGAAUUGCAAUUGGGAAAGCAUUAUGGGGUGUAUAAGACUGUUCCAUCCGCGGUGUAG